AUGGCGGCCGGCGAUCUUGGUAUUUGUGGCACAUGCCGAAACCAACGGGUCGCCAUAUCCGGAUACAUUCGAAAAGCGAGGAGGAUGGCCCCGAGCACCGCGGCUGCACCUGCCGCGAUCGAAGGCUUCGCCGUCGGGACGACGCUGGUGGCCAUGUGGAUGGGCCAGACGGAGCGCACAUGCGUCGUGAUCGACCGGAAGGUCAUCGCACAAGGCAAGAUCCGGUACUACGUCCAUUGGCAUGACUUCAAUCGGCGCAUGGACGAGUGGAUCAACGCCGACGAAGUCGUGCGCGAAGGGACCGAGGAAGAGACGAAGCAGCUCCAGGAGAAGCAUGCAAAGGAGAAGGAGGCGCACGACGAAGCCAACAAGAAGACGACGGCCGAGGCGCUCGUCGACGGACCGCCUGGCGAGAAGACGCGGACGCGCGGCCAGAAGCGCAAGACCGACGCCGAGGACGACUACGCGGAGCCGGACGAGCAUGACGAGCACGAAGGCAUGGACGCUGCCAGUAUCCGCGAGCACGAAGAGGUCACCAAGGUCAAGAACGUGCGGUUCGUCGAGAUUGGCAAGCACCGGAUGGCUGCGUGGUACUUCUCCCCGUUCCCAAAGGAGUUUAUCCCGGACGGCAACAUUGACUGCCUCUAUUUUUGCGAAUUUUGCUUUUCGUUCUUCCGCUUCAAGUCGGAGCUGCGCCACCACCGCGAACGCGUUGCUUGCGUGCGGCACCCGCCGGGCAACGAGAUCUACCGCCACGAAGGCAUCGCCGUGUUCGAGGUCGAUGGCGCAAUCGCCAAGCCGUACUGCCAGAACCUCUGCUACUUUGCCAAGCUCUUUCUCGACCACAAGACGCUGUACUACGACGUCGACCCGUUUCUGUUUUACAUUUUGUGCGAGAUUGACGACCGGGGCUUCCACCCGGUCGGGUACUUUUCGAAGGAAAAGUACUCGGAGCUCGGGUACAACCUCGCUUGUAUUCUGACGUUCCCGUGCCACCAGCGCAAGGGCUAUGGCAACUUUAUCAUCCAGUUUUCGUACGAGCUCUCCAAGAAGGAAGAGAAAGUCGGGUCGCCCGAGAAGCCGCUCUCGGACCUCGGCCUCGUGAGCUACCGCAGCUACUGGACCAAGGUGCUCCUCGGCAUCCUGAAAGAGUACCCGCACGAGCUCUCGGUCAUGGACCUCACCAAGCUCACGUCCAUCAAGAACGAAGACGUGAUCGCGACGCUCCAGUAUCUCAACAUUAUCAAGUACUUCAACGGCCAGUACGUCUUUGUGCUACGCGCCGAGACAGUCGAAGAGCAGCUCAACAAAGUGACGAAGAAGGGACCGCACGUGUGCCCCGAACACCUCCACUGGGCGCCGCUGCAGUUUGACAUCAAGCGCGACAAGUGGUCGCUCAAGGCCAAGCACAACGAAGCCGAAGAGUAG